AUGACAAAGGAGGAGAACCUGGAGGUGCAGGAGAAGGAGCGGCACGACUGUGAGGAGCAGGAGGAGGGGCGGGUGGAGGAAGAGGAGGUGGAGGAAGAGGAGGAGGAGGAGCAGGAGGAGGAGCGGGGGGAGGAGGGGGAACCUCCUCUGGACCCGGAACCAGAACCAGAACCCCUGUCCGUGUCCGGGUACCAGAGUCCGGUCCAGGAGCCCCGGCGCCGGGCCGUGGUGCACCCGUCCACCCAGGCCCCCCUGCCCAAGGACUACGUAACACUAUCUAUCUAUCUAUCUAUCUAUCUAUCUAUCUAUCUAUCUAUCUAUCUAUCUAUCUAUCUAUCUAUCUAUCUAUCUAUCUAUCUAUCUAUCUAUCUAUCUAUCUAUCUAUCUAUCUAUCUAUCUAUCUAUCUAUCUAUCCAGACUCUGUGGGGGGGGCUGGAUUCUGUCGACCAGAACAGGACGAUGCACCAAACUCUGAGGGAGGCCCAGUCCCUGCUCCUGAAGAGGACCACGGCAGAACAUGGAGGAAGAGGAGGCAACAUGGCCGCCCUGCUGAUGAAGCACAUCACCACGGAGAAGAGGAAGUUGUACUCCUCCUCCUCCUCCUCCUCCUCCUCCUCUGACAGAGGUCUGAUUGGAGACUCUGACUCUGUUUGUUUUUUCCCUCCUCUUCCUCCAGCUUUCACCUUCUUCGACCCCAACGACCCGGCCUGCCAGGAGAUCCUGAGCGACCCGCGGACUAGCGUGCCCCAGCUGUUCGCCAUCGUGCGCCAGUGGGUGCCCCAGGUGCAGCACAAGAUCGACCUCAUCGGCAACGAGAUCCUGAAGCGCGGUUGCCAUGUCAACGACCGCGACGGCCUGACCGACAUGACGCUGCUGCACUAUAGCUGCGACCCUGCGGCGGCCCUGCGCCUGAGCAGCCGGCUGAUCUCUCUGGGCGCUGACGUGAGUCUGCGCAGCCGCUGGACCAACAUGAACGCGCUUCACUACGCCGCCUACUUCGACGUUCCCGAGCUCAUCCGGGUCCUGCUGAAGGCCGCCAAGCCCAGAGGUAACCCCCAACCCUAA